AUGAACCCCAGUUUCUCCCCAGCUUUCGGACUCCAUCUCUCCGCAAAGCUUGUCAAUUACUCAACUUGAGCAUCAAAGCGCAGGUCAAGAUGAAGAUCGCUUUCCUCUCCGCCCUGUUCGCGGCCACUGCCAUUGCUGCGCCGUCCAACUACCCGACCAACACCACCUCGGGGCCCGACGAGGAUGGCAAGUACGAGAUCUCUGCUGAAGGCAUCCGCGGGCAAUUCAUUGCCUACGGCGCGUCCAUCUCCAACCUUUUCAUUAAGGGCAAGGAUGGCGUCGAACGCGACAUCGUGCUUGGCUUUGACAACGCCUCGUACUACUCAGUAGACCCUGUCCACCCUCACUUUGGUGGUGUGCCGGGACGCUAUGCCAACCGCAUCAAGAACAGCACGUUCAACAUCGACGGUGUGGACUACCACAUCACGCCCAACGAGAACGGCGGAGCUAACACUCUGCACGGCGGUCUUGAUGGAUGGGAUUACCGCAACUUCACGGUUGUUGCACACACCGAGUCUUCCAUCACUUUCUCCAUUGUGGAUCCUGAUGGCAAGGAGGGCUUCCCCGGUGAGGUUAUUAGCUACAUCACUUACACCAUGUCUCCCAACACCUGGAACAUCAAGAUUGUUGCUCUCGCGACAACAAAGAAGACGCCCAUCAUGUUGACCUCCCACACCUACUGGAACUUGGACGGCUUUGCCAAUCCCGAUACACCUACUGCUCUCAACCACACUCUGUACCUGCCUUACUCCGGCCAGCGUGUUGGUGUCGACAACAUCCUCAUUCCGGACGGCACCAUUCUUCCCAACGAGAAGUACUCCGUGAAUGACUUCUGGUCCGGCCCCAAGCAGAUCGGCGCCAAUUUGACAGCACCUGAGCUUCUUGGUAACUGCGGAUUCAACUGCACUGGUUACGACAACUGCUACUCCGUCAACCGUGCCCAGAACGGACCUUUCGACUGGCGCAAGUCAGGCCCCGUCGCGUCCCUGUCCAGCGCGUGGUCCGGUAUCAAGCUCGACAUCUACACCGACCAGGAGGCUUUCCAAGUCUACAGCUGCGGUGGCCAGAAUGGUUCGCUCCCUAUCAAGUCUACUCAGGGUCUCGACAGCCGUCGCCGUACCGUUGAGAAGUACGGUUGCGUCGUCAUGGAGGUCCAGGACUACAUUGACGCCAUCAACCAGCCGGAGUGGCAGCGUGAGAAGAGGCAGAUCUUUGGUCCUAACGACCCUGCCUACACUCUUGAGGCUGACUACGUCUUCUCUACCGAGGAAUAGGUUUAUACAUUGACGCAGGUUUUGGCUGAACACGACUGAAAUCGAGCAAGAACUUAUGAAACUUGUUUAUAUGCCUGUUUAACCGAGUUCGCGGCCAAGAACCUGCUGUCAAUCUAAUAUUUAAUGACACUGAAUAACUCACGA